UGACAAGUAAUUGAUGGACCACAAUGCAAAAGGACGUUCCACUCUUUAGGUCAGCAUUAUUAAGUUAAGCAUAUGCUGCCUGCCUUAUUAUUACAAACCAUAGGACCAUAGAAAGAGCCUAGCCAUGCUAUUCAAAUUUGCAAUUCUGGUUUCUCUCUUAACUAGCUUAGCAGCAGGAGAUGAAACACUUGGUUUCGUCUACAAUGGGUUCCAAUCGGCUAAUCUCAGUCUCGAUGGGGUAGCCGAGUUCACUUCCAAUGGACUUCUGCGACUUACCAACGACACCGGCAUGCAAAAAGGUCAUGCUUUUUAUCCUAACCCAAUAUCCUUCAAGAACUCAUCAAAUGGCUCUGCUUUUUCUUUCUCGACUACCUUUGUUUUUGGCAUCCACCCAUCACAGGAGCCUACUAUUAAUGGUCACGGUAUCGCCUUGGUGGUUGCACCAACGAGGGGGCUCCCAGAUGCUCGUGGAAGUCAGUACUUGGGCCUUUUUAACGAGCAAAACAGAGGGAAUGACAGCAACCAUGUUUUUGCCGUGGAGCUCGAUAUCAUCCAAAACAUUGAGUUCUCUGACAUCAACAAUAACCAUGUGGGGAUUGAUAUUAAUGACCUGAGGUCUGUGACAUCAGCUCCUGCUGGUUAUCAUGAGAAUCGCACUGGUGAAUUUAAGAACUUGACGCUUAUUAGUGGUGAAAGAAUGCAAGUUUGGGUGGAAUAUAAUGGCGACUACAAGCAAAUCAACGUUACUUUAGCUCCAUUCAAUAGCGGUAAGCCGAGUACUCCACUGCUGUCUUUGCCGCAUGAUCUUUCACCUGUUUUCAACAAAGCUAUGUAUGUUGGCUUUUCAUCAUCCACGGGUCCGUUGUUAACAUCUCAUUAUGUUUUGGGUUGGAGUUUCAAGAUGAACGGCCAAGCGGAGGAACUUGCACUCUCUCAGCUUCCUAAGCUUCCCCGAAUUGGUCCCAAACCAAAAUCAAAGUUUUUGACGAUUGGGUUCCCUGUGAUUUUUGUAAGCUUGACUCUAGCUGCAGUCUCAGGAGUAGUUUAUGUGAUAAGGAGGAGAAGAAAAUUCGCUGAAGUGCUUGAAGAUUGGGAGCUUGAAUACGGGCCUCAGAGAUUCAAAUACAAAGAUCUUUACAUUGCCACCAAGGGGUUUAGAGAAAAGGAGCUAUUGGGAGCUGGUGGAUUUGGAAGGGUGUACAGAGGUGUGCUACCGAAAUCUAAACUGGAGAUUGCGGUGAAGAGAAUCUCUCAUGAAUCAAGACAAGGGAUGAGAGAAUUCAUUGCUGAAAUUGUAAGUAUUGGUCACCUCCGUCAUCGGAAUUUGGUUCAACUCUUGGGCUAUUGCCGGCGUAAAGGAGAACUGCUAUUGGUGUAUGACUACAUGUGCAAUGGAAGUCUUGACAAGUACCUGUAUGAUCAACCAGAAGUCACCCUGAAUUGGAGACAACGAUUUCGAGUGAUCAAAGGCGUGGCCUUGGGUCUUUUUUAUCUCCACGAAGGAUGGGAAAAAGUUGUUAUUCACAGAGAUGUUAAGGCUAGUAAUGUUUUACUUGAUGCUCAAUUGAAUGCAAGAUUGGGAGACUUCGGCCUUGCAAGAUUAUAUGACCAUGGAACCGAUCCACGAACAACACACAUCGUUGGAACUGUUGGAUACCUUGCCCCGGAGCACACUCGGACAGGGAAGGCCACAAGAAGCACUGAUGUGUUUUCUUUUGGUGCCUUUCUGCUAGAAGUUGCCUGUGGCAAAAGACCUAUAAAGCCACGACCGCAAUCGGAUGACGUUGAUGUAUUGGUCGAUUGGGUAUUUAAUUGUUGGUGUAAAGGUGAAAUUCUUGAGGCAAGGGACCCGAAUUUGGGCACAGAUUAUGCAACAGAGGAACUGGAGUUGGUGUUGAAACUUGGUCUGAUGUGCUCUCAUACAGAGCCAAGAGCUAGGCCAAGCAUGAGACAAGUUAUGCAGUAUCUGGAGAAGGAUGUCCCUUUGCCAGAGUUAUCAUCUCUUGGAAUUUCAGCCCGUGGCCUAAUAUUUUCAUAUGGUGAAGGCUUGGAUAAUUUUGCAAUGUCAUAUCCACCCUCUACAGGCCUCACAGGCUUUUCUUCUAUUGCAGGAUCAGUACUUUCCGAUGGCCGAUGAUUUUUAAAAGUUCAGUUUGUAAUUUGUAAGUUGAUAGUCACUGCAUACAAAAAAAAAAAAAAAAAAAAAUUGUGAUGGGUGUAAGUUUAAGUGGAAAUGCCUUAUCUUAUCCAAAUCGUACAUUAUAUUUAUAUCCAUAACAAGAACUAAAACUUAGGAAUCUCAUAUAGAGUUUUGUAAUAAAACAUAUGCACCGUA